UAAAUACAUAGGUCUCUCCUAUGCCUCACAAUGCUUACAUACUAUACUAUUAGUGUUUCCAUAAGACCCCACAGGGUUACGCUUCUCGAUGACUUUUAAGAUGUUCUCUGCCCCUAGCUCAAAUUAUACUUUGUAUAUAAAAAGUACCUUGCAUCAUGUGUCAUACCGGUCAUUGUUCCUCAUCAGAUACCAAAGAAGAUGGUAUACUGUUUCCAGAAAGGCUACCUUACGCACAGCUCUUUUCUUCCCAGGUCAUGGAGUACAGCGCGUAGGAAUGGUGUCUUCAUGGAUCAAUAGCUUUCCAGACAUCGCUGGGAGUGUUUUAGAUGAAAUGGAUAGUGUAUUGGGGUUUCGGCUUUCUCGUGUUAUUGCCGAAGGACCGAACUCAGAGCUGAACAAGACCGAGAAUUCUCAACCUGCUAUUAUGGCGACAUCAAUAUUGAUCCUUCGAAUCUUAGAACAAAAGUUUGGCUUCGAUACGAAAUCUCGUGUGGAUGUCACCCUUGGUCAUAGCCUUGGGGAGUUCUCUGCACUGGUUACUGGGGGCUAUCUUGAUUUCGGUGACGCUCUAAAGCUAGUCCGACGGCGGGCAGAGAUCAUGGCCGAAUGCACUCGAGAAGCCACCACGGAAUCUGGCGAGGAUUAUGGAAUGGUGGCACUCGUCUGCGAACCUGAUCAUCUUGACGGUUUGCUCGCAGCAAUCCAUGAAUUCCUGGGCCUGUCAUCAAAUGGUAUGAAAGAUGAUUUAAAUUACGGAAUGCCGCCUAUUGAGAAAGUGAUGGUGGCAAAUAUCAAUUCUAAAAAUCAAAUAGUGUUGAGCGGAAGUAUUGAAAGGAUAAGAACACUUCUUAUCCAACUUCGCCAGUUUGGAGGUCACGAUCCACGUGCAGUGAGAUUGAACAGUGAAAGCCCCUUCCACAGUCCCAUAAUGAUGCCUGCGGCAGAAUAUAUGAUCCGUGCUCUUGACAACAUCAAACUCAACUUCCCAGCACAUAUGCCGUGUGUUUCAAAUGUUUCUGGUCUUCCGUUUCGCUCAGAAGAGGAACUAAAGAGGCUACUUUCACAACAGUGUGUUGAUACCGUGCGAUGGUGGGACAGUAUCAGGUAUCUAGACCAAGAGAGGGGUGUAAAGCGUUGGGUUGGCAUUGGGCCCGGGAAAGUCGGCAGGAAUCUGGUUGGAAAGGAGGUCGGUAAGGUAAUGGCUAAAGGAGGUGGUGUUUGGGCAAUCUGUGAUCCUCGCGAGCUUGAAGAUAUCGUCAGGAGUCUCGAACAGACUGAAUUUGAAGCUUUGUGUGAUUAACCCGUUACAGGCACAGGUAUGCUCAGAUUUUCAAUUGUCCCAUAAAUUAGUGGUCUCAGAAGUUCAUCUGUGCCAUUGCCAUGAAAAUGAUAGCGACAUCUUGCAACUUCUUGGCAUUUCGAGAUUAACAAGUGUGGACUAAGUAAAUCAGGCCAGUAAGAUUAAAGCGGCACAUAGUCUG